CCAAGAGAACCCUCAAAUCAUCUUCACAUCAGUCACAUCAAUCAACAAUAAAAUCACAUCUGUAAUUUCGGAAUUUUUGGAUCUCUUCAGAGUCUUCACUCUUCAGUUCAGUUUUGUUUUUUUUACUCAUUUCAUGUCGAAUGUAAAGUGAUUUAGGUUUUCAUAAGUUUCCAUAUUCACAUCAGCAGAUCAGAACAAUCCAUGAAGAUGAAAAUAGGUCAAGGUUUGGGGUACCUAUUGUUACUUAUCACACUUUUUUUCCAACGAGGCCUUGCUGAACAAUAUAGAGACCUAUCUGAUAACGAAUUUGCCGAAUUUGAAGACUUUGAGGAGGCUGAGGAGGAAUUUUAUGUGAAUGAAGAACAACCAGCAUCAGUGAACACAAAUUCAUUCAUUCCAAAUGAUGAAAUAGACAACGACAAUGAUGAAUUAACUGUAGAUGAUGAUGAUUCUGAAUUUGAGCACUUCCAGGAUGUUGAAGAAUUUGAAGGUUUUGAAGUCAAGGAAGAGAAUCCUACUUCAGAACCAAAGAUCACUAUUGCCAAAGUUCCUUUGAAUUUCAGACAGAAUUGGGACAGCUACUAUUUGGAAAUUUUAAUGAUGUCUGGGCUCAUAGUUUAUUUCAUGAAUUUUGCUAUUGGGAAGAAUAAGAAUAGUAAAAUAGCAAGUACAUGGUUCAAUACUCACAGACAGCUAUUGGAAGACAAUUUUUCAUUAGUUGGAGAUGAUGGCUCUUUAGAUAGAUAUGAAAAUGUGAGCCUUGUGAAAGAGAGUGAAAAUAUUUUCACAUUGUGGUGUAGUGGAAGAACAUGUUGUGAGGGAAUGCUUGUAGAAUUGAAGCUGAUAAAACGCCAAGAUUUGUUAGCUAUCUUGUCAAGCAUGAUGAGACCCACUCUGGACCAGAUUCACAUAACAAUAAAAAUGAACAAAGAAGACAUGGAUAGUUUUGUUUUUUGUGUGGCUGCCAAGAAAACUGCCCAGCAGCUUGUAAAAGACAUGGCAGACCUGAGUGUUUACUGUCCAGAGCGCAAGCCAGGAGACAAACACAAUUUACCUUUGGGUUUCAAUGUCAUGAGUGAAUUGUCAGAGGCAAUUCCAGUUAUAUUAGAUAGUAAGGUUACCACUGUUAUCAAUAAGUAUUCUGAAUAUAUUGAUUAUAUUCAUUUUUCUGACCAAUUUUCUGGUCCCAAACAAAGUGAAGACAAUGGGGCCUUGAAAUUACCUGACACUGAAAAGGUACUCAUGUUUAGUUUCAAUAUACAAACAAAAGGAAUGGUGCUUGAGGAGGCUUGUGCAAAACUGUCUCCUUUGAUGAAUAUGGUGUUUUAUUGUGUGGAUAAAAUAAAGAGAUUCAGACUCUCCAGAGAAGCCAAAGCCAAAGCUGAUAAGAAUCGCCAAAGAGUGGAAGAAAUAUUUUUGAAGUCGACCCAUCAAGCGAGAGCAGAAGCAGCGGCGGCGAAACGCGAAGAAAAAAGACGGCAAGAAAAGGAAAAAGUAAUGGCCGAAGAGGAUCCUGAGAAGCAAAGGCGAUGGGAAAUCAAGGAAGAAAAGAGACAGGCCAAGAGGAAAGGUCCCAAAAUGAAGCAACUCAAAGUGAAGGCUCUGUAAAAGCAAGACUAACAUUACAUUUCAUUGAUCUCUUCAUUAGCAACUGUUAUAUUCA